AAUUAUUUCUAUAUAAAUAGAUGCUGAAAAGCUAAAACUUGAUUUUCGUAAUUCAUAGUGUCGAUCUAAGAUAUAAUAUCUAAGCACUAUAGACUUGGAAUAAAGACAUUUUAUCCCUAUAUUACAUUAUUAUGGCAGACAAACAAGAUUCACCAAUGGCGAACAAUGAAGCUGAUGCAGUACCCAAAGUUGUGGCAGUGAAGGAUAAUAGAAAAGAAAAUAACUCAUCGCCACCACCGCCAGCGACUCCACCCCCAGGGGAAGAAGAUACUCAAGAAUUGAUAGUGGUCAAUGAAAACACUGAGCUCCUUGAUCUUAACCAUGGCAGAAUUGGAAAAAUUGAAAAUCUAGAGCCACUGAAAAACUUAGAAAGGUUAUAUCUCAGAUGGAAUUUCAUAAAAAAAAUCGAAGGACUCGACACACUCACUAAAUUGGUGGAGCUUGAGCUUUAUGACAAUCAAAUUGUAGUCAUUGAGAGUUUGGAUAACUUGGUUAAUUUGGAGAUACUGGAUUUGUCAUUUAACAGGAUAAAAGAAGUCACUGGACUUGAUAAACUUCUGAAACUACGCAAACUAUAUUUAAGUUCAAAUAAAAUUACUGAAAUCAAGAAUGUUAAUCAUUUUCCUAAGCUAGAGACACUUGAGCUGGGAGAUAAUCGUAUAAGAGAAAUAAAAAAUCUUGAAGGCUUAAAAACACUAAAAGAGCUUUAUCUGGGGAAAAAUAAAAUAACAAAGAUUCAAAAUCUUGAAGACCUUUCAAGUCUAGAAAUACUUGUCCUACAAAGUAAUCGUCUCACAAAGUUAGAGAAUCUUGAGCAUUUAACCAGCUUGGAACAUUUGUAUGUAUCAGAGAACGGAUUAACUGCUAUAGAAAAUCUACAGAAUCAAGUCAAACUCCAAACAUUGGAUUUGGCUGUGAAUAGGAUCACAGCUAUCGAUAACAUAAGACACAUGAGUGAUUUGGAGGAAUUAUGGCUCAAUGACAACCAAAUAUCCGAGUGGUCAUCAGUUGAAUACUUACAAGAGAACAAGAAGCUGGCAACUAUAUAUUUAGAGCGAAACCCUAUUGCAUCAGACCCGGCAUAUAGAAGAAAGAUAAAAUUAACUCUUCCAUCGCUGCAGCAAAUCGAUGCAACUUUGUGUAGAUAAGAAUUUAAUGCAUUAGUAGUUUGAGUAUCACCCCAGAACUCUAAAGUAUAAUGCACAUUGUUUUGGACCAAAAUUAUUAUUAUCUAUAUGAGCGUAGUUAGAAUUAUUUUUUGUAAUGGACAGAUUCCAUUAUGGUUCAGUAAAUUUCAUUUGAUUUUUUUUAUUAUUCUCAUAUUGAAAUUCUUAGUAUAGACCAUGCCAGGAUUUUAAUGACUACUUCUUUAGAUUUUAUUUAAUACUUUAUAGGUGCCUACCACUGCCCAUAGACACUGGCAGUGCAAAAAAUACACAAAUAUUGCUACGCGAUCUAAGUAUUAUAUCCGCUGUGCGAGUAAUUUAAUUGAAUCUUUUCUACCGUCGAUCCCAGCAAUACAAGCUGCAGCAAUACAAGCAGUAUUAAUGCUCGGCGUUACAAUAAAUUAUGACGGGUCUAUACAGAGCUCUAUCUAUAGUGAAAAUUGUUCAGGAUUUCUGGGGGGACGCUAGACAUUAGCGUGCCCCUUAAAAUCUAAACAGUGUUAUAUGUAGGGUUGUAAAUGUGAGUUCCCAUUUCAUUAGCCAUUUCCACUGGUAAUUUAACUGGUAUAGAUAAAUAAACAAUGUUGACCUUUAAUUACUGACAUCAUUGUUCGAGAUAUGAAUGUUCCACGGUAUUUGUUAUGGAUUCGGAAAAUAAUUUCGUUUGUUAUGUCGGUGAAGUUGUUAUUGUAACUUUAGAAAUAAAAUUAAACUACAUAAAUCAAGUAGUUAAGUUGAAAUGUAUUUUAUUAUAAAUAGACCUGUUCAUUAUAAUAAGACCUGUUUGUAGAGCAUAAUAUAGCAGAGCAAUUAGUUUAUUGUUUAUUUAUCUUUACCUCUUCUUUUAUUAGAAAUUAUUAUAGUUAUGGUCAUGAUUAUAAAUAAUCUGUAUAAAAACAUAAAUGUAUUAUAAUUAUUUUGUCUUUGUCUCUAACAAAUGUUAUGGCAGUUUUCUAGUUGUAAUGUAUUUUAUGUUUAUUUUCGUACAUUAGCGACAUAUUAGUAGAUGUAAGAUUUUUGCUUUUAUAUAUAUAUAUUGUAAAACUAUUAAAAUAAAUAUUGUCAAAUUGUUUAAAUGUAGAUAAUUCUCAUGCUAUCAGAUGAUUCUUAUUACUUGCAUAUUUACUGUUAUUUAAAGGCCAAAUUUAGAGAUACCCACAUUUCGAAAUCUUUUCUUUAGAAUUUAUUUACAAUGACAUCAAUGAAAGAACUUAUACCUAAACCUAUAAGUCUCAUCAAUAUCCGUCCGCAUUUUCUAUAUUUACUCAAAUGAAUUGAGAUUUAUAUUUUUGUCUAUACCUAAAGUGUAUGAUUCGUGACGCCUUUACAUCCUAUAAAAUUAAUAUAAAUAAGUUCCUAUAAAAUUAUCCUUUAAAAAAAGAUAUGUAUUUAAAAAUAUAAGAUUCUAAUAGUUACAAAAUGUAAUAUUCAGAUUUAAUAGAUUUGCUCUCUUAAUCAUAUUUAUUUUGCUAUUUAUUAAAAAUCAAAUUUAACCAGUAACAGCCAGUUUACAUAACAAUAUAGUGAUUUUAUAGUUUAUAUCGAUGAGACAAAACGUUAAACAUCUUUCAAACAAUACUAUAGACUCACGUUUUCAGGCAGUCUCGGAGUCCUACGCCAGCAAUGUCCACAUGGCGGAUGUUCCAGAUCUUCCCCUCAAUGCAUUUAGUAAAGUAAAUUUCUUAGUAUAAUAUUACAUUAUUAUAUGUUAUGUCUUUGUAAUAAAUGAA